CCUGUUUCAAAUUUCGUUCAGUUUUCAUUUCUCAAUAUAUUCCUCAACUCAACUAUAAAACCAAGCAUCGAUAUCUCUAAACUCAGCUAAAAACACAAUAACCAAUAUAAUACAAUGUUAGUAAUAACACCAUUGUUAUAUUACUCACUCCUUUCCCUUAGUUUCAUUGUAACCUUGAAACUUUUACUCCAAAGAAGAAAGUUCAAAAACCUUCCACCAGGUCCAUCAAUAUCUCUUCCCAUAAUAGGAAACCUCCACAACAUAAACCUCCCACUCCACCGUUCCCUUCACAACCUUUCACAAAAAUACGGCAAAAUAUUCACCCUAUGGUUUGGUUCAAGUCGUGUUGUUGUUAUCUCCUCCCAAACCCUACUUCAACAAUGUUUAACAAAACAUGACGUUGAUUUAUCGAACAGACCUCGCUUCCUCACCGGAAAAUAUCUCUUCUACAAUUACACAAGCUUAGACUCCGCCCCAUAUGGCGACCACUGGCGUAACCUACGUCGCAUCAUCACCCUUGACAUCCUCUCAACGCAACGUCUCAACUCCUUCGUUGGCUCGCGAAGGAGUGAGACGUUGAAACUUAUAAUAAAACUUGCUAAAGACACGAGUGAGAGGUUCACUCGUGUUGAGUUGAGGACGAGGCUAACCGAUAUGACGUUUGAGAUUAUGACAAAAAUGGUUGCUGGUGAUGCGGAGGAAGGGAAGAAGUUUAAAGAGAUGAUAAAUGAGAUGAUGCCGUUGUUUGGGGCGAGUAAUAUGGGAGAUUUUGUGCCUUUACUUAGGUUGUUUGAUUUUGAUGGUUUGGUUAAGAGGAUGAAGGAUAUUGGGAAGAGAGGUGAUUCGUUUUUGCAAGGAAUUGUUGAAGAGAUUAGAAGUGGGAAGCAUGGUGAUAAUAACAUGUUACAACAUCUUUUGACUCUGCAGAAAUCUCAACCUGAUUAUUAUUCUGAUGAGAUUAUCAAAGGGCUUGUUCAGGGUAUGUUCUUAGCUGGAACUGACACAACAGCCGUGACUCUAGAGUGGGCGAUUGCUACUUUACUUAAUCACCCAAAUAUAUUGAAGAAAGCAAAGGAUGAACUGAACACUCAAAUAGGGUAUGAUCGUUUGGUAGAAGAGUCAGACAUUCCAAAUCUUUCUUACAUUCAAAACAUUAUCUACGAGACACUUCGGUUGUACUCUCCAGCUCCAUUAUUAUUGCCUCGUUUUUCUUCAAACGAGUGCAAUAUUGAAGGAUUUACUAUUCCACGUGACACGAUAGUUUUGAUUAAUGCAUGGGCCAUUCAAAGAGAUCCUGAAACAUGGAGUGAUGCUUCAUGUUUUAAGCCAGAGAGAUUUGAAAAAGAAGGGGAAGCAAACAAGUUAAUUGCAUUUGGUUUUGGAAGGAGGGGUUGCCCUGGAAUAGGUUUAGCACAUCGUACAAUGGCAUUGAGUUUGGGAUUAUUGAUUCAGUGUUUUGAAUGGAAAAGAUUAAAUGAUGAAGAAGUAGAUAUGACAGAAAAUAAAAUAGGGGUCGUCACGCAAAAGCUCAAUCCACUAGAAGCAAUGUGCAAAGCAAGACCUAUCAUCAACAAAGUUAUCCAAGAAUCGAGUGUCUAGCUUUUGCGUACAAUAAAAUCUACAAUAGCACAAUAUAUACAUGCCUUUUUUUUUUUUUUUUUACUAAUAUAUACAGGCUUUUUCUACGUACGCAUAAAUAAUAAAAAUUAUGUACAAUGUGUUAGUUUUUUAGGUUAAGUAAACUUUUGAUCAUGUAAUAUACGCAUUUUUAUUUUUGUUCAUAUAAUAUAUUAAUAUA